UCCCCCCUCCCAAAGCUGAGGUGUGUUACUGCUGCACUGAGGCUGAUGAAGAGACUUGAGUACUCCCUGGGAUGCUCAGCUGUGACAGAAGCGCUGCCACUGUCUACUGAAGCUGAUUCUGAGACACUCAUGGGCAGAGUUUAGCAGAUGCUAGGCAGGGCACCUGCUUGCUGUAGCCAAAGCUGCAGGUUCUUUUAAUUCCAAGCCAUGAAUGAAUCCAGAUGGACUGAAUGGAGGAUCCUGAACAUGAGCAGUGGCAUUUUGAAUGUGUCCGAACGUCACUCUUGCCCACUUGGAUUUGGCCACUACAGUGCGGUGGAUGUCUGCAUCUUCGAGACAGUUGUUAUUGUCUUGCUGACAUUUCUAAUCAUUGCUGGGAAUUUAACAGUCAUCUUUGUCUUUCACUGUGCUCCACUCUUACACCAUUAUACGACCAGCUAUUUCAUUCAGACAAUGGCAUAUGCUGAUCUUUUCGUUGGAGUUAGCUGCUUGGUUCCUACUCUCUCACUUCUCCACUACUCCACAGGUAUCCACGAGUCACUGACUUGCCAGGUUUUUGGAUAUAUCAUCUCAGUUCUAAAAAGUGUUUCUAUGGCAUGUCUUGCUUGCAUAAGUGUGGAUCGCUAUCUUGCAAUUACCAAGCCUCUUUCCUACAAUCAACUGGUCACCCCUUGUCGCCUGAGAAUUUGCAUUGUUUUAAUCUGGAUCUACUCUUGCCUAAUUUUCUUGCCUUCCUUUUUUGGCUGGGGGAAACCUGGUUACCACGGUGACAUUUUUGAAUGGUGUGCCACCUCUUGGCUCACCAGUGCCUAUUUUACUGGCUUUAUUGUUUGUUUACUUUAUGCUCCUGCUGCCUUUGUUGUCUGCUUCACUUACUUCCACAUUUUCACAAUUUGCCGGCAGCACACCAAAGAGAUAAAUGACCGGAGGGCCCGAUUCCCUAGCCACGAAGUCGCUGCCUCUGGAGAGACUGGGCAUAGCCCUGACCGUCGCUACGCCAUGGUUUUGUUUCGGAUAACCAGUGUGUUUUACGUGCUCUGGCUCCCGUAUAUCAUAUACUUUCUUCUAGAAAGCUCCCGGGUCUUGGACAAUCCAACACUGUCCUUCCUAACAACCUGGCUUGCUAUAAGUAAUAGUUUUUGUAACUGUGUAAUAUACAGCCUCUCCAACAGUGUUUUCCGGCUAGGCCUCCGAAGACUGUCCGAGACAAUGUGCACGUCUUGUAUGUGUGUGAAGGAUCAGGAAGCACGAGACCCCCAACCUAGGAAACGGGCUAAUUCCUGCUCUAUUUGAAGAAAACUACACAGUAAAUCAAAUGUAAUCUGACAGUAGUUUGGGAUUGUAUUCUUGCUUCAUCUGGAAAUUUGCCACUAGAGAAAUAUUUACUUGAAUAGUUGACUAUGAGAGGAAGGGACUAAAGGUGUUUUUUUCAUGGAAAAAAAAAAUCCUGAAGAAAAGGAUGUAUAGAGGGUAAUCUCGUGAGAUAACUGUAGUGUGUGAGUAUGAAUGUGCAGUAAUAGGCAAAAUCAAGCACUGAGGAUGGAAAAGUACCUCAGAUCUUCCACAGGGCAUGAGCAAAGCCCCUGGCGUCUGUCUCUCUCUCUGACUGGACUCUGUCCUCUGUCUCUGUCUCU